GCAGUCAGUGUCAGAGCCGCGACGCGACCGCACACAUUUCCGGGAAGUGGCGUCUGUGCGCUGACAACUGUUGCCAUGAAAGCCCGGACACAGGGCAUUUUAGGGAACGACAGGACUGGGCAAGCGGACGCCGAACACUCAAGACCCUCACGUGCUGACCACAGUGGCCCAGGCUUUUGUACGAGAGGAGACCUUCCGCUGGCAGAGGCCAGCUCUCCGCCAGCACCAAGCAAGGGCGGCCCACGUCCCGGCAGGAGGACGUACGCGUGAGCAGACCGGCGACCCGGAAGACCUUUCGCGGCCGCCUAAUUUUCUGGGAAGUGUAGUUUCGUGGUUCGGGCGCCAUUGUACUUAAGAAGCAAGCAGAGGGCGAUCCUGUUGUCCCCUGGAUACUUCGCGUGCGCGUCCCGGUGGAGCAGCUCUGCGACGAGAGCCAUCCGCCGGGGCGUUCCUCAGACCGCGCGGCCGUUUUUGUCGCCGGGCGCCCGGAGCUCGCACGGCCGCGCAGCCUUCUGGGAAGUGUGGUUUUACGGGGGGACGUGCGAAGCGCCGGUAACUUGUCCCCGACGCGGAGGCGUCUGGGAAAUGCCGAGCUGGUGUGGGCUCUGUCCCCCGUCCACCCCGCGGUAGUGUCGGGAAAGCGGCCGAAUUUUCCAGGGAUAGUGCGGUUCUCGCGACGGCGGCGGCCCUGGUCCGCGGAGGUGCGGGCUCUGGUCCGCCCGGCCCGGGCCUCGGGGCCAGGGAGGGCCCGCCGGAACUCAGGCAAGUGUGAGUCCCAGCAGGGCGGCGGGGCGCCGGGCACGCUGCUGCCUAGUCUACCCCGCGGGGGGAGCACCGCCUGGGCCUUAGCCUCCUGGACCUCUCUGUAAAAGGGGUAUCGCUUACCUCCUGGAGUUGUGACAAGGAAACGGGCGAGUGAGUGUGCAGGGUACGCACUGAAAGAAAACCCCAUCCGCAGUGGUUUUUAGCCAAUCCGGUCAUGAAACUGACGCUUUUCACGUGUGCAGCCUUCAACAGAUGGGUUCAGUGUCGCUAAGUUUCAGUUUUCUCACCCUUUAGAAGAGAAAUAUGGAAUAAUGUGAAUGUCCACCAUGCAUAGUUGUGAAGAUUGAACGAGCUCUUCACAUGAUUACUGUUGUUCUGUGAGCCUGUCUCGUGUGUGUGUGUGUAUAAAAUAAAUGUAUACUUAUAUACCUAUAUAUACCUAUAUACACACACACACACACACAUACAUAAAUAUACACACACACAUAUAUAGUAGAUUUACACACCGUUGGCGCCUGGUGAAUGAUUACCUCGUGCUAAGGAACACUCUGCUAGUUCAGGGGAAGAAUGGAGUCUGAGAAAGUGAUUCCCAGUGUACUUUUCCUUGCAAGUGUGUUACAGAGCUGCAAGAUAAGCCUCAUUUUUCAGGGCUUCUUUUUUGUGUUGAUCUGCCUUCUCAGGACGCUACUCUUCUUUAAGACAAGAGCCUGAAAAGAGGACUGUGUUGACUUGGAAACUGCAAAGCCAUGUUGCAGGUGACAUUUAGUGAUGUGGCCAUAGACUUCUCUCAUGAAGAGUGGGGAUGGCUAGAUUCUGCUCAGAGGGAUUUAUACAAGGAUGUGAUGGUCCAGAAUUAUGAGAACCUGGUUUCUCUAGGUCUUUCCAUACCUAAGCCGUAUGUGAUCAGUUUAUUGGAGGAUGGGAAAGAACCUUGGAUGGUGGACAAGAAACUGUCAAAAGAUUGGGACUCAAGAUGGGAAAACAAGGAAUUAUUAAUGAAGGAGGAUAUUUAUGAUGAAGAUUCACCCCAGAUGGUAAUAAUAGAAAAAAUUACAAAACAAAGUCAUGAAUUUUCAAAUUUUAACAAGGACUGGGAAUUUAUAGAGGCGUUGGAGGGGAAGCGUGAAAAUCAGGUAGAACAUUUCAGACCUGUGACCCUCACCUUUAGAGAAAGUCCCACUGGGGAAAGUAUUCACAAAUUUAGAAGCAUCCUCCAUUUAAAGUCUAUUCUUUCUGAACCACAAAGAAUUUCUGCUGAAGGGAAAUCACAUAAACGUGAUAUAUUCAAGAAGAGCUUACCAAAAAAACCUGUUAUAAAAAAUGACGAUAUCAAUGGUGGAAAGAAACUUUUGAAUCCUAAAGAAAGUGUGGCAGCCUUCAGCCAGAGCAAAUCUCUUACCCUUAACCAUUCUUAUAAUAGAGAGAAAGUCUAUACAUGCAAUGAAUGUGGGAAAGCCUUUGGCAAGCAAUCCAUCCUUAAUCGCCAUUGGAGAAUUCAUACCGGAGAGAAACCAUACGAAUGUCAUGAAUGUGGGAAGACGUUUAGCCAUGGCUCAUCCCUAACUCGGCAUCAGAUAAGUCACAGUGGAGAGAAACCUUACAAAUGUAUUGAAUGUGGGAAGGCCUUUAGCCACGUGUCAUCACUUACUAAUCAUCAGAGUACUCACACUGGAGAGAAACCGUAUGAAUGUAUGAACUGUGGAAAGUCGUUCAGUCGUGUUUCACAUCUCAUUGAACAUCUGAGAAUUCAUACUCAAGAAAAACUCUAUGAGUGUCGAAUAUGUGAGAAGGCCUUCAUUCAUAGGUCAUCUCUCAUCCACCAUCAGAAGAUUCACACUGGAGAGAAACCUUAUGAAUGUAGUGAAUGUGGAAAAGCCUUUUGCUGUAGCUCACACCUUACUCGACAUCAGAGAAUUCACACUGUAGAGAAACAGUUCGAAUGCAACAAAUGUCUGAAAGUCUUUAGCAGCUUGUCAUUUCUUAUUCAGCAUCAGAGUAUUCAUAAUGAAGAAAAACCUUUUGAAUGUCAGAAAUGCAGGAAAUCCUUCAGCCAGCCAGAAUCACUGAACAUGCAUUUAAGAAAUCACACUAGAUUGAAACCUUAUGAAUGCAGUAUAUGUGGGAAAGCGUUCAGUCAUAGGUCAUCCCUGCUUCAACAUCACAGAAUUCACACUGGAGAGAAGCCCUAUGAAUGUAUUAAAUGUGGGAAGACCUUCAGCUGUAGUUCAAACCUUACUGUACAUCAGAGAAUUCAUACUGGAGAAAAGCCAUAUAAAUGUAAUGAGUGUGGGAAGGCUUUUAGCAAAGGUUCAAAUCUUACUGCCCAUCAGAAAAUCCAUAAUGGAGAGAAACCCAGUAGUGCAAUAAGUGUGGAAAAGCCUUUAGGCCAUAUGAAUCUUUCUACGUGUGAAAAAUCAUAUAAGCGAGAAACUGUAUGAAUGCGAUAUUUGUCAUAAUACACUUAGCCAUAGAUCCUUCCUGAAAAUUUAUACUGGAGAAAAGUCUUUUGAAUGUAAUGAAUGUGGGAAGGUCUUUAGCAGUAAUACAAGCCUUACUGUCUAUCACAGUUCACACUGUAGAGAGAAUGUUUAUUGCCUUCAUAAAGGCAAUAAAUACGGGAAAGCCAUUAGCCACUGUUAAUCCCUUAAUUGACAGAAGUAAGUACACACAGGAGAAAAACCCUAUAUAUGUAGCAUAUGGGAAAGACAUGAGGCAAUAUGAAUCUCUUAUUGAACACAGGAGAGAAGCAAUAUGAGUAUAAAAAUUGUGGGAAGUCCUUCAGUGAAAGUGUAUCCCUUAUUCUGUCUCAAUUCACACUGGAGAGAAAGCUUGUAUGAGAAAUGUAGCAAACUGUUCAUUGCGUUAUCUUGCUAGACCUCACAAGAUUAAUGCUAGAACAGCCUGAAGGACGUAGGAGUUAUGUGUAAAUCUUUCUUUACAAUGAUGUUAUUUGUAAGCAGUUCUACAGGAGAGCAAAUGAGUAGAUUAUAAAUGAAUAUGCAUUUCUUAUAGCAAUAGCAAACAAUUUUACUCGAGUCCUGCAUAGAAGUUUCUUUAGCUAAUGGGCAUGUGAAGAUAAUUUAGUCACCCAGUGGAUCCAGGAAAUGUUUUAAAGUUAAAAAUUAAAGCUGCAAAAGAAGUAAAAGGUGGUGUGAAUAAAGUUUUUGGUCUCUAAUAAAAUCAGUUUGUAUAUAAUGAA